CUUCGCUGCAGGGCUCUACGGCGUCUGCCGUGGGACAUCCCGUGAUUUACUAUGUGAAACAAUGGUCGUACUCGUCUUCUAAUCCCAUGCACGACCCGCGAGCAGCCGGCGCAGGGCUCGAGACGUCUACGCGGGUUAAAGGACGCAACGCGGAGGGUCGUUCCGUGAAGGGUCGGUAGUUUGAAGCCGGAGGCAGCGUCGCGACUUCGGACUUUCUUCUUUUUCCAGCUCAUCCGCAGAAUGAGGCGCAGCGGGGCCGCAGCGCGAGGCGUCACGGAGCUCGGUUCCGCCUCCUGGACCCCCAGAACCGGAGAGUAAACCUGCAGAAGAAUGGGCAGCAUGGAGCAUCUGCUGGAGCUGGUGCUGCAGAAGGACCUGGGGAAGAGGCUCCAGGUGGGCCAGGAGGUCACGGAGCUCGUCCUGGACGAGGGCAAGACCCCCGACAUGGAGCAGGACCAGACCCUGCUGGACAGGAUGGUGGACGCAGUGGCCAGCUCCUGGGUGAACUCCAGCAACUUCAAGGUGGUCCUGCUGGGGAUGGACAUCCUGUCUGCGCUGGUCAGCAGGCUGCAGGACAGAUUCAGGACGCAGGUGGGGACAGUUUUGCCGAGCCUCAUCGAUCGGCUGGGAGACUCCAAGGACCAGGUCCGGGACCAGGACCAGCUGCUGCUGCUGAAGAUCAUGGACCAGGCCGCCAACCCUCAGUUUGUGUGGGAUCGCAUGAUGGGAGGCUUCAAACACAAGAACAACCGGACCAGAGAGGGACUCUGUGUCUGUCUCAUCUCAACCCUCAACGUCUUCGGCUCUCAGAGUCUCACCCUCAGUAGGAUCGUGCCUCACAUCUGUCACCUGCUGGGCGACCCCAACAGUCAGGUGCGUGACGGAGCCAUGAACUGCCUGGUGGAGGUCUACCGCCACGUGGGGGAGCGAGUGAGGAUGGAUCUGGGGAAAAAGGGUCUUCCUCAGUCCCGGCUCAACGUCAUCUUCAGCCGGUUCGACGAGGUCCAGAGGUCGGGGGGCAUGGUCCUGUCCCCGGUGUCAGACAAGAACCUGGAGGACGAUGACUCCGGCGGCCGCUCCUCGUCCUCCUCCAGAGGAGCCUCGCUCUGCGUGAAGAAGGCGGUGAGCAUGGGGUCGGUCCGACGCCCCGCCCCCUCCCCGGGCGCCAAGGCUGCAGGGCGCGAUGCUGCUGGAGCCGUGGACGAGGAGGACUUCAUCCAGGGCUUCCAGGACGUCCCCGCGCUGCAGAUCUCCUCCAACAGGGAGGUGGAGGAGGCCAUGACGAAGAUCCGAGACGUGCUGUCGGACGACAAGCGGGACUGGGAGCUCCGGGUGGCAGCGCUCAAGAAGGUGCGCUCGCUGCUCCUGGCCGGCGCCGCCGAGUUCACCGGCUUCCCGCAGCAGCUGCGGCUCACGGAGGCGGCGCUCAAGCUGUCGGCCAAGGACCUCCGGUCUCAGGUGGUGAGAGAGGCCUGUCUCACCCUCGGGACCGGGGUUCACCUCUCUGCCACCAGACACCUGUCGGCGGUGCUCGGCGGCCACUUCGACCACGCGGCGGAGGCCGUCAUGCCGAUCCUCCUCAGCCUCGUAUCCAACAGCGCCAAAGUCAUGGCCACCUCCGGCAUGUCCGCCAUCCGCCUCAUCCUGAGACAAACACACUCCCCGCGUCUCAUCCCCAUCAUCACCAGCAGCUGCACCUCCAAGUCUGUGGCUGUCAGGAGGCGCUGCUUCGAGUUCUUGGAGCUGCUGCUGCAGGAAUGGCAGACGAGCUCUCUGGAGAGGCACGCAGCCGUCCUAAUGGAGACCGUAAAGAAGGGGAUCCACGACGCCGACGCCGAGGCUCGCUCCGUGGCCAGAAAGUGUUACUGGACUUUCCACGGCCACUUCCGGCGGGAGGCGGAGCAGCUGUUCCAGGGCCUGGAGGCGUCCUAUCAGAAGGCUCUGCAGGCUCACCUGAGGAGCGGCGACGGCGCCUCCUCCUCGUCCUCCCAGGAGAGCCUCAGUCGAUUGUUUUCUGGAAAGAACACCUUCGGAAGCAGCUCGACACGCUCCAAAGCCGCCGCCCCCCUCCGGCUGCCCGCCUCCUCCUCCCCAGGAUCCCUCCAGCGCUCCCGCAGCGACGUGGACGUCAGCGCGGCCGCCUCCGCCCGCACCAGGAUGCCCGCCGCGCCCUCCGUCCUGCAGUCGCCCUGCUCGCCCUUCAGCUCGGCCUCGGCCCUCCCGCCCGGGUCCUACGCUUCGCUGGGUCGAGUUCGAACCAGAAGAACGAGUUCAGGAAACGACCCGUUGCCAAGCGACAGCCGGGGGAGGAGCCGAGGGAAAGUGGCGUCACAGUCUCAACCCGGCAGUCGGUCCGGUUCUCCCGGCCGCCUGCUAGGCUCCGCCUACGGCCGGAUCCCGAGGCCGAGCGUCGGCGCCGACAGCGUCGGCGACAAGAGCCGUCCCCGAGGUCACCGCAGCCACGGCUGCAGCCGAGAGACCAGCCCCUCCAGAUUAGCUGCGGACCGGCUGUCCCAUCAGGCUCGCAUCUCGGCCUCCGUCAACGCCAUGAAGAUCCUCAACACCGGCACCGACGUGGAGGCUGCCGUUGCCGAUGCUCUGCUCUUAGGAGACUCGAGGAGUAAGCGGCGGCCCGCGAGGCGGCGGUUCGAGUCCCCGGGGGUGCACUCCGACGACGACGCCAACAGCGACGCCUCCAGCGUCGGCUCCGAGCGCUCCUACGGCUCACGCAACGGCGGCGGCGGCGCGCCGAGCUACCUGCGGCAGAUGGAGGACGUGGCCGAGGUGCUGAACCACUGCGCCAGCGCCAACUGGUCCGAGAGGAAGGAGGGGCUGCUAGGGCUGCAGAGCCUGCUGAAGAGCCAGAGGAUGCUCAGCCGCGUGGAGCUGAAGAGGCUCUGUGAGAUCUUCACCCGCAUGUUUGCAGACCCUCACAGCAAGAGAGUCUUCAGCAUGUUCCUGGAGACCCUGGUGGACUUUGUCUCGCUGCACAGGGAGGAGCUGCUGGACUGGCUCUUCGUCCUGCUCACCCAGCUGCUGAAGAAGAUGGGGGCCGACCUGCUGGGCUCCGUCCAGGCCAAAGUCCAGAGGGCCCUGGACGUCACCAGAGAGUCCUUCCCCUACGAGCAGCAGUUCAACAUCCUGAUGCGCUUCAUCGUGGACCAGACGCAGACGCCCAACCUGAAGGUGAAGGUGGCCAUCCUGCGCUACAUCGAGGCGCUCGCCCGCCAGAUGGACCCGGCCGACUUCGUCAACUCCAGCGAGACGCGCCUCGCUGUCUCCCGCGUCAUCACCUGGACCACCGAGCCCAAGAGCUCCGACGUCCGCAAGACCCUUCAUAGCUGGGCGGGGGAGGAUUUGUCAGGCCGGGGCACCACCGUGGCCUCUCUGCCUGGGGAGGGCAACCUGGAGGAGAGGUGCAAGCAGGCGGCCCAGGUGGUGCUAAUCGCCCUGUUUGAGCUCAACACCCCCGAGUUCACGAUGCUGCUCGGCGCUCUGCCCAAAACAUUCCAGGACGGGACCACCAAGCUGCUGCACAGCCACCUGAGGAACGCCAGCAUCAACAGCGGCAUCAGCAUGGCGUCUCCCAGUAACUCGGCCGGCCGGACCAUUAGAACCAGCAGCCCGCGCAGCCCGCUGACCUCCCCCACCAACUGCUCCCAGGGGGGUCUUUCUCCCAGUCGGCUGUGGGGUUGGAGCGCAGACGGGCUCUCCAAGUUCCCUCCUCCACCUUUCCCCGCCCCCCUUCCUCCACCCACCGCCCACUCCUCCCUCAAGGCAGUGAGGUCAGCUUACUCACCCAGCAUGCUGGAGUACGACAGCGAGAACCUGAACUCGGAGGAGAUCUACAGCUCCCUCCGGGGCGUCACCGAGGCCAUCCAGAACUUCAGCUUCCGCAGCCAGGAGGAGGGCAAAAGGGAGCCUGCCGUCGGGGCGUCCUGGGACAGCGACGUGAUGGUGGGAGGACGCACGGCGCUGGACAACAAGACGUCGCUGCUCAACACGCCACCGCCGCGAUCCUUCGCCGGGCCGCGCUUCCGAGACUACAACCCGUACAACUACACGGACGCCGUGGGCACCCUGGACAAGGAGGCGCUGAAGGAGGCGCUGCACGAGGACGCCACGGGAGACGGUGACGCCAACAAGAACCCCAAAAGCUUCCCAGCGAGCCCCUCCGAGCAGCUGGCGCUGGUCGGGGAGCUGCUGAAGGAGCUCACCCAGGGGGAGCGGGGCCCCGAGGAGCGCCGGGGGACCCUGCUGGAGCUGCUGAAGGUGGCCCGCGAGGACAGCCUGGGGGUGUGGGAGGAGCACUUCAAGACCAUGCUGCUGCUGCUGCUGGAGACGCUGGGAGACCAAGACCACACCAUCCGGGCGCUGGCCCUGCGAGUCCUGAAGGAGAUCCUGAGGAACCAGCCGGCCCGCUUCAAGAACUACGCCGAGCUCACCGUCAUGAAGACGCUGGAGGCCCACAAGGACUCGCACAAGGAGGUGGUGCGUGCGGCGGAGGAGGCGGCCUCCACGCUGGCGGCCUCCAUCCACCCGGAGCAGUGCAUCAAGGUCCUCUGUCCCAUCGUGCAGACGGCCGACUACCCCAUCAACCUGGCCGCCAUCAAGAUGCAGACGAGGGCCAUCGAGCGCAUCGCCAAGGAGCCGCUGCACCAGCUGCUGUCGGACAUCAUACCUGGACUCCUGCAGGGCUACGACAACACGGAGAGCAGCGUGAGGAAGGCCAGCGUCUUCUGCCUGGUGGCCGUCUACUCGGUGAUCGGGGAGGAGCUGAAGCCCUACCUGGCUCAGCUGACCGGCAGCAAGAUGAAGCUGCUCAACCUCUACAUCAAGAGAGCUCAGACCUCCACCAGCAACAGCAGCAGCUCCUCCGACAUCUCCUCCUACUAACUCCUCCUCCUCCUAACUCCUCCCUCUCCGCUUAUGUCCACGAUCAUUUCAGUCCUCUCUGGAGACGAUCCGGAAACCAGAGAACGUUGUGUUUACGAGGAGAGCCCAUCCCGACAUCUUGUUUCUUGAGCCUUAAACCUUAAACCUAGAAACCCUUUCCCCUGAUCCUGAACCCGGUAGAAACCCUUUCCCCUGAUCCUGAACCCGGUAGAAACCCUUUCCCCUGAUCCUAAACCCGGUAGAAACCCUUUCCUCUGAUCCUAAACCCGGUAGAAACCCUUUCCACUGAUCCUGAACCCGGUAGAAACCCUUUCCUCUGAUCCUGAACCCGGUAGAAACCCUUUCCCCUGAUCCUGAACCCGGUAGAAACCCUUUCCCCUGAUCCUAAACCCGGUAGAAACCCUUUCCCCUGAUGCUGAACCCGGUAGAAACCCUUUCCUCUGAUCCUAAACCCGGUAGAAACCCUUUCCCCUGAUCCUGAACCCGGUAGAAACCCUUUCCCCUGAUCCUAAACCCGGUAGAAACCCUUUCCCCUGAUCCUAAACCCGGUAGAAACCCUUUCCCCUGAUCCUGAACCAGGUUUUUGAGCGUCCUUGAAGUGGAUCUAGUAUUUUAUUAAUCUUUAGUUUUGCUUCGACACAUCAGACCUUCUCGUAUAUUGAAUGUAUGUUUCUUCUUCCUGAAGCUCGUGGAUCUUAAAGAAAGUGACACUGUCGUCAAAGAGAAGAGCUUUGAAAUUGAUCAUUGAUUAUUAUUAAAUAACCUAAUUUCUUCUGA